AUGAUACGUACACGACGUGAAUCAUGCGGUUGCAAUCAAUUAGAACAAAUGCAAUCAUGGAUUGGUGAAUUAUGUAUUUGCAUCCCGAAAUCCUCCACAUUCUCCAUGUCAUGUUCAUGUCCUCAAGUGCAACAACAAUUACAACAAUCAAAUCGUUGCGGAUGCAAUUUGCAUGGAUAUAUCGGGCAACAAUGUCAAACAGGUUGCCAACAAUCUUGCAACACACAAUGCAAUCCAUAUAUGCCACAAAUGCAUUGUAAUAAUGCAUGCCUUAUGGCAUGCAUGCAAUCAUGUAACUUGCAACAGCAACAGUAUCAACACCAUCAACUUAGUAAUUUACCUUAUUGGAAUCCAAAUAUAUAUUCAUUACAACAAUCAUAUCCCAAUUCUCAUCAGCAAUUACUACCAAUUACAGAACAAUGUCUCAUUUGUUUAAUUGGUUGUGAGCAACUUUGUAUCAUUCAGCAAUCUGUUUCGGAUAGUAAUCGAUUGCAAUGCGGAUGCAUGCAACAAUGUCAACAAAGUUGUUCAUCUAGCAUGCAAUCGCAACACCUCUAUCAACAUCAACAAUGUAUACCUCAUUGUCAGCAGAAUUGUCAACAAUUUUGUAAUCAACAAAUGAGUAACAAUCAACAAUGUCAACCACAAUGCAAGCAACAAUGUAUCAAUAUUUGCAUCAUAUCACCGGAAUCACAAUUUGCCUCACAGAUAAAUCCGUUCAACUAUCCGAACAUCUUUUCACACUCGUCAUUUUCCCCGCAAUUUACCCAAUUACAGUACUGCUUUGCAAAUUGUUUUGAUAGUUGCAAUCAAUCAUGUGGACAACAUUGUUCCAUUCCAUGCACUCAAAAUUGUCAACAAUUUUGUCAUCAUUAUCAUCAUCAACAACAACAACAAUCAGCAUCUGUCGUCCAGCAAGUGAAGCAACCACAGGUAAUUCGAGUUGAUCUUAAUGCAGCAAUGCUUGAAUCGAUGCAAUGUAUUCCACAAUGUCAGCAAACAUGUUUACAGCAAUGUAACAUAAAUAUUAUUAUUAAACCACAAUGUCAACCAGCUUGUCAAACAAUUUGUCAACAAAAUUGUGGUCAUCAACAUCAAUUACUGCGACAACAACAACAACAACAACAACAACAACAGCUGACACAAUGCCAACAAACAGCAAUGAUACAUUGUUAUUGUACAAAUGGCAACAUUCCAUGUAAUAACGGAUCACAAUGUUGCAAGAAACGCUAA